CCACCACUUUCUCUCUCUACUGUAUCUUCAAGGUGUAGAGAGGGAGAGGGAGAGGGAGAGGGAGGUACAUUUGAGGAAUGAGUAAAGCAGGAAUAAUGCAGUCACUGUUAGGUUAGUUCCUCGAGAAAAAGAUUGUGCUGCUGCUGCUGCUCACGACGGGAGUUCAAAAAAAAAAGAACCACUCGAGAAGGAGGAGGGGGGGGGGGGGGCGCGAUUCAUCGGAGAGCAGUGCCGGAGCUGGGAUCUAGGGGUGGGGAUGUGUGUCCUGCUAAAUGAAAAGGUGGAGGAUAAAUUGAGUAGAUAAAAGCCCUGGAAGAAUGAAAUCGGAAAUGCCUCUCGAUCAUGCCGUCUUCCAGCUAUCGCCAAAGCGUUCACGGUGUGAAUUGAUUGUUUCUAGCAAUGGGAAUUCUGAGAAGCUGGCAUCGGGUUUAGUAAAGCCAUUUGUAGCCCAUCUAAAGGUUGCUGAAGAGCAAUUUGCCCGGGCGGCGCAGUCGAUAAAACUUGAAACGAGGAAGCAUAAUAAUGGGGAAACAUGGUUCACAAAGGGAACUCUUGAGCGGUUUGUUCGCUUUGUUAGUACUCCAGAGGUUAUGGAACUGGUGAAUACAUUCGAUGCAGAAAUGUCUCAAUUGGAAGCAGCUCGAAGAAUCUAUUCGAUGGGGUCUGGGGAUCAAAAUUCUGAUGCCUCAGGUGGCGAUGAAGCAGGAAUCGCAGCAGCUGAUGCAACAAAGAAGGAACUUCUGAGGGCUAUUGAUGUAAGGCUUGCCGCAGUUAGGCAGGACUUAACCACUGCAUGUACUCGAGCUUCUGCCGCUGGUUUUAACCCUGACAGUGUCUCUGACCUCCAACUCUUUGCAGAUUGCUUUGGAGCUAAUCGACUGAAUGAAGCUUGCUCCAAAUUCCUGUCGCUGUGCCAAAGAAGACCUGACCUGCUCCCCUUGUGGAGGUCAGGCGCUGUUGAGAGAGGAAUCAGAUCUUCAUGUGAAUCUGACAUGUCCCUUGAUGAUCCCACAGAAGAUCAAACUGCACCAUCUCAGCCCCUGUUAGUGCAUUCAAACAGACACUCGAUUGACCAAGAGCUAUGUGCUGCCCAAACUGUGGGAAAGCAGUCAGACCAAUCAAAAGCCUCCACUAGUCAACAAACCAAGGCCUUCACUACAUUUCCUACCCAAAAUGAUAAUUCGAAUGAGAAAGACACAGAAGCAAAAGAGAAAAAAGAUGAAGAAUCACCAACAAUCCAGGUAAGUCAACCGGGUAGGCGGCUCAGCGUUCAGGACCGCAUAAAUCUCUUUGAAAGCAAACAGAAGGAGAAUUCUACCAGCGGUAGUGGUAGCAAACCUUCUGCGGGCAAGUCUAUUGAGCUGAGAAGGCUCUCCUCUGAUGUUUCGUCGGCACCUACAGCAGCUGAGAAGGCUGUGUUGAGGAGAUGGAGUGGUGCAAGUGAUAUGAGUAUUGACUUGACUGCUGACAAGAGAGAGAACAAUGGCGAAAGCCCUUUGUGUACGCCCUCCUCAACUUCUAUUUCUCAGGAAAAAUGUACUGUUUUUUCUGCUUUGUCUGAGGAUAGAGACCAAAAGGUUUUAACUGAUAGCACCGGUUCUUUUAAAAGUGAUAGUAAGAGUGACUUGGGUAAAUUUGGCGAUACUGGACAGAAAGAGCAUGCUGAACUGCAGACCCCUGUCUGCUUAUCAGGAAAAGAAGAUGAGACAGUUGGUGGAAGCACCAGUCUGAAGGAUCUAGCAAGUUCAGUGACCCAAACUAGGCUCUUUACUGGUAGGGUACAGCAGAUAGGGGUAAGCAGUCUGGAGGGUGCAGAAGAAAAGGUUAACUCCUUAUCUGGAGGUGAAGGUGGUAGAAACAUAGAAUUGGUGGAUGCUGAGGUGCAACUGGUGGGCUCUGCAUAUAAAAAGGAAGGAGCUGGGAUGAAAAACCAGGCUGCUCCCAAGACUAAAACUGGAGGUUCUCUGAGCAGGGUUGGGGAUGUGACAUCCAAAAGUAGAAGUGGGAAUGGAAUAGAUGAUCCGGCCAUAAAAGAUCCACCACAGGUUAAAUCCCACCCUAGGGGUUUCCAUGGACAUUCUCGAUCUUUUUCUGGGCAAAUUGAAGGGGGCAUAGGACUUAAAGCUAGAGAAAUGCAAGAAAAAGGAAUAAGUGGGGAUCAAUUGACAACACAACCAAAAUGGAGAUUCUUUACUGGGGAAUCUGAAGAAGCAGCUACGGACUUGGUGGCACCUGUGAAGGUGCAAACCAUGGCGGAAGAAUCUCAUAUCCCGAAACUGAAGUUUCAAAAGCCAGUUACAACUGCUUCUGAGCAAAUUAAGAGGACUCAAGGAAAGAAGGAUGAGGGCGGCUCCUCAUAUGUGAAUAGUAAAUUACCUUUUCCCAGUAUAAAGGCUCUUGAAAGUCAAGAGACAUCGGCUAUGCCUUCAUCAAACCCAAUGGAGCAAGUUCAGAGGGUGCGGCAAUCUAAAGGAAACCAGGAACUCAAUGACGAGCUUAAGAUGAAGGCUAAUGAGUUGGAAAAGCUCUUUGCAGAACACAAGCUUCGCCUUCCUGUAGAUCAGUCCAGCUCCGCUCGAAGGAGUAAACCUGCUGAGUCCCAGAUAGAACCAGUGGCGUUGCAGCAUAAGAAAUCAGCAGUCCAAGAGGUAGCUCCUGUUAAACUGCCUGAGAAGAACUUAGCGAUUGACUUAAGUGGGAAUUCAGAUAAGGUGACGGACUUCCAUACUCCUCCGUCAAUGAAGAUGUUGGAUAAUCAGGACGCCGACACUCUUAGGAGGAACUUUUCUGACCUUAGUUUCUCUGAUGAUUCUAGAGGAAAGUUCUAUGAAAAGUACAUGCAGAAAAGAGAUGCAAAGUUGAGGGAAGAGUGGGGAUCUAAGAGGGCAGAGAAGGAGGCAAAACUGAAAGCCAUGCAUGAUAGCCUUGAGCGAAGUAGAGCUGAAAUGAAGGCUAAGUUUUCUGGUUCAGCAGAGAGACGUCAAUCACUCUCCAGUACUCGUCAACGUACUGAGAAACAGAGAUCAUUCAAUACGCGAUCAAAUGUGAAGGAGCAGCAAACUGAUCUUGUUCAAAGUGAAGAGGAGGAAUUUGAGGCAUAUCCAGAUGAUGGUGUUUCUAGAAGCAACCAGAUGAAGAAGCCUUUUCCGAACCGUAACUUGUCUUCGUCGACUCCUCGCAGUUCAGUAGCACCGGGUUCAAGGUCUUCGGCAAGGGCUUCCAACUCUCUUUCUGGGAGACGAAGGGCACCUUUAGAAAACCCUCUUGCGCAGUCCGUCCCCAACUUCUCUGAUUUCAGGAAAGAAAACACUAAGCCCUCCUCCGGCAUCAGCAAAGCACCAAAUCGUUCACAAGUGAGAAGCUAUGCUCGAAGCAAGAGUAAUGGCGAAGAUCUGCCUCUUGUCAAGGAAGAGAAAACUCGGCGAUCUGAGUCUUUAAGGAAAAGCUCUGCUGGUCCUGUUGAGUUUAAGGACAUGUCUGCUUCGCACGAUGAUGUGGCUAUUUUGGCUUCACUGGAAUCUGAUCAAGGACAGAUGGAUCAUAGUGUUCAAGACAAAUUCUCAAAAAAUGGUAAUUCAAAGUUUUUCCACGGAAAGGGUAAUGGAGUUGGUCCUGGCGUAGGAUCUAGCAGUGCAAGGAAGGCUUCAACGACAUCUGAAAAUUUGAUGAAUGAUCACGAUUUUGAUGACUCAGAUUUUGUGGCUGAUGAUUUGGUAGACAUGCCAAAAGAGGAAGAUGAUGAUGAUGAUCCUGACAUUGUAGCAGUCCAAGAUUUUGCCAAUGGGAAUUCGAGGUUGAGCCAGGACUCGGAUGAUUCGGUGAAAUCUGGGUCUGAAAUUGAUGAUUCAUUGAGAUCUAUUUCUCAAGUUGACCCUGCUGCUAUUAGUGAAUUUGCUGCUUCUGUGCCAUCAAAAUUCCAUCCGACAGGUUCCCUAAAGGAUUCACCCUGUGAAAGCCCAGUCUCAUGGAAUUCACGCAUUCAAAAUUUGUUUUCCUAUCCACACGAGACUUCAGAUAUUGAUGCUUCCAUGGAUUCUCCAAUUGGAAGCCCUGCGUCAUGGAACUCCCAUACUCUGGGCCAAGCAGAGGUUGAUGCUGCACGAAUGAGAAAGAAAUGGGGGAGUGCGCAGAAACCUUUUCUUGUUGCUAAUUCUUCCUAUACUCAGUCUCGCAAAGAUGUGACGAAAGGCUUCAAACGGCUGUUGAAGUUUGGCAGAAAAAAUCGGGGGACUGAUAGUUUGGUGGAUUGGAUAUCUGCCACGACCUCAGAGGGAGAUGACGAUACUGAAGAUGGAAGAGAUCCUGCUAAUAGGUCAUCAGAAGAUUUGAGGAAGUCAAGAAUGGGAUUUUCCCAGGGUCAUCCAUCUGAUGACAGCUUUAAUGAGAGUGAGUUAACUGAACAGGUUGAAGCCUUAGGUAGCUCCAUACCAGCUCCUCCUGCAAACUUUAAACUGAGGGAUGAUCAUAUCUCAGGAAGCUCUUUGAAAGCCCCCAGAUCAUUUUUCUCUCUUUCAACAUUCCGGAGCAAGGGAAGUGACACGAAACCUAGGUGAUCAUCUGUAGUUUGUAGCCCGAGGGCAUGCUUGAAAUCGUCGAGGGGUCCACUGGAGAGGCUGCUGUCAGACUCAGAUACAGAUGCUUGAUAUUGGCAUGAUAUAGUCUACUGUGUAAGAUUCGUUACUAUUCGAGUCAUGUAUAUCUUUGUGAAUGUGCGAAGACACUCUGGUGAUUUAGUCAGUUAUUUAGGUAGUCACAUGUCGAAAUAUGUUGUAUAUUUGUCUUGGACGCAAGUUCGCCUUCUGGCGCAACUUCCUCAUGAUUUUGGUAGUCCAGGGGCUUUCCUUUUGCCCUUUAUAUUCGUAGCUUUGUGUGAUGUACAUCAGAUGGGACACUUGUUAGCGUCAAAGUCGUCGACAUUGUACCGAGAUAGAUGAUACCGCGGAGCAACAGCUUAUAAAAGAUGAGGAUUGUUUCUCUUA